UCGAGGAGUUCCGAUUGCCACAACAAAGUGUAGCCUGGUUCCCGAGGCCUUCCGAUGUGCAAGUGCUUGCGUAGCGCGCCCUCUGGUGAGAGAAUGCUCCCUUUACGUGACAUUGUUUUCUGAUCGGGAUCGAUCUGUAUUAAAUUACUUUUCAAAGUCGCCAUCCGACCUCCAUUCUCCAUUCCUGGUUUCACAUCGAAAAGAUGGCAAAAUUAGUAAAAGAAUUAUCUGGUAUAUAUCCUGAACAUACAAGCAAGAAUGAUGAAAAAGCUGAAAAAAUAUUGUCUACAGCCAAGUUUGAUGCCAGAUUUCAACUCUGCAACCAGGACAAGCUAUGCUGGCAGAACUAUGUAGAUUAUUAUAGAUGUAUAAAGAAGAAGGGUGAGGACUAUGAACCAUGCAACUGGUUCAAGAAACAGUAUAGGUCCAUCUGCCCCACAUUCUGGACUGAGAGAUGGGAUGAAGCACGUGAAAAUAAUGCAUUCCCAGCCAAGAUAUAAGUGGUACAAUUAAUAGUGACAUUUAAAUACAGUGUAUUCCAUCUCCAUUCUCAAGGAAUUCUGUGUGACCAUUUUGUAUCAGAAAUGUUAAAAAGAGUUACUGAAUAUUGAUUAAAACUUGAUACAAUUGAGCAUUGAAUGUGAUUAUAAAGUGUUAUUGUACAUGUAGAAGUGCAGCAAAUACAUGUAGUGUUGGAAAUUGCA